UCAGACGCAGAUAAAGAAUUAAGAAAUAUAAAAAGGUCAACAAGAAUCUUUCAGACUCUCGUGAACGCGGAGACUUUUGAGGGAUCAUCCGAAUUCUCAGUGCAACUUGACAAGUUAUCAUCUUCACGUCUCCCAAAUCACAAUCAAAUCGAACCACAUCAUCUGAGAAGCAAAAAAAUGGCGGUUACUAUGAAACAGAUGUCGUUGAUCGUGUCUUUGUUUGGUGUCUUGUCGUUUAUUCUCGGAGUCAUCGCUGAGAACAAGAAGCCUGCGUCUGGAAUUCCAAUAAACGGAAAGGGAGUAGUCAUCUGCAAAUAUCCAUCUGAUCCAACUGUUGCCUUGGGUUACCUUUCUGCCGCUUUUCUCCUUGCCUGCACCGUUGCAGGAUACAAAUCCUUGUUCAUCUCUUACAAGGGAAGGUCUGUUCCCAACUCUGUCUUGUUCAAAAGCACCAGCUUCUCUGUCUUCUUCAACAUUGCCUUGAUAACAUCUGGACUGGCACUGUCUCUGUUGCUAUGGCCAACCAUUACAGAGCAACUUCACUUGACCCGUAAUGUACACAGGAACUUAGAGACCAGCUGCCCCACAGCUAAGACUGGUCUGCUAGGUGGAGGUGCAUUUGUGUCAUUGGACUCGUGUCUUUUCUGGCUGGUGGCUCUGAUGCUAGCUGAUAACGCCCGUGAAGACCAUUUGGAUGAAGCUGAAAACAGAAACGGCGAUGGGAACUCUUCCUCCAGGGAUGUUAACCUCAAGAUUGAUGCUUGAGAGAAUGAACGAUCUGCAUCUGCUUAUUGGUAUUGGGGUGUAGUAAUAGUUUUCUUUUGUUAAAAUACAUUUGAUUUUAAAGAUGCUAUGAAUUGCUUGUGCAGCUUAAUGCACUGUGAUUCUCAAAGUUGUAUAUGUCUCUCUACUCAGUCAGAUUCUUGCUUAAAUAAUAUUUUGAUUUGGAUUUA